GUCCAAGCAACCCUCUCUCCUUCUCUCUCUCUCUUCGCUAUAUACGCUUUUCCAUGCCCCUUCUCUCUCCUUCCCCGCCUCCUUUCUCUCUCUAGAUUUCAGCUCAUUCCUGCAAAUCCCACCAUUAAAACUCUCUCCCAAAACUUCAAAACCUCCAAUUUUGUUUUUCAUCUUCAAUUCUUAAAUUUUCAACAAUUUUCUGGGUAGAUUCUUCUUCUUCAAGCUUCCUGUAUUUUCUGAUAAUUAAAAGGGAAUGAGAUGACAUGGUGCAACAUUAAAAACCCUUCUACUAGCAAUAAUAUCAAUAUUAAUACUAAUACUGAUGAUAAUAAUAACAAUAAUUUCCCAACAAUCACUGAAAGUUCACCUUCUAAUCAUAAACAUGGCGGAAUUUCAAAUUCCAAGAUGAACCCUCUUCGUACCAUUGCUUGCCCUUCUUGUGGUCACCAUUUUUCUCUUCAAGACCAGGCAGGGGGAAUAAAUGAUUUACCAGGAUUACCAGCUGGGGUUAAGUUUGAUCCAACUGACCCAGAAAUUUUGGGACACUUAGAAGCUAAAGUGAAGUCUGAUUUAAGUAGGUUGCACCCUCUGCUUGAUGAAUUCAUACCGACUAUCGAGGGUGAAAAUGGAAUUUGCUAUACUCAUCCUGAUAAAUUACCAGGUGUGACCAAAGAUGGUGUGAUGCGACAUUUCUUUCACUGCCCUUCAAAGGCAUACACAACCGGAACAAGAAAGCGAAGAAAGGUCCACACUGAUGAAGACGGCGGAGAGACAAGGUGGCAUAAGACAGGCAAAACCCGACCCAUACUCGUAAAUGGAGGAGUAAAAGGGUUCAAGAAGAUAUUAGUAUUGUACACCAACUAUGGAAGGCAGAGAAAACCAGAGAAAACAAACUGGGUUAUGCACCAAUAUCACAUUGGCCCGAAUGAGGAAGAAAGAGAUGGUGAAUUUGUCCUUUCAAAGGUUUUCUACCAAACACAGCCUAGACAAUGUGGUUCAACCAUUAAAGAACUACCUAUAGAUAACGAACAUCCUCCAUUAAUCAAGCCACCCCUCAAUUAUUACCAACCAUCUUACAUUUCUUAUGAACAUCAUCCUCAUCAUCAUAAUGUUGUUGUUGCGGAACAGAAUAGAGAAAGCCCGCCUCAGUUGAUCCCUAACUUGAUUCUACAAGGGGAUGUACCCUCGUUGUUUUCGAUUGCUACUACUAGGAAAUCUUGAGAAACUGAAGCCCGCCUCGGUUGGAUUCAGGUGGAUAUUAUAAGGUUGGAUAUGACAGGGUUGGUGGCGCGUUCUAUUUGCCUGAUUUUCAAGGUGAAAGUACUGGACAACUGUAAUUGGAUUCAGGUGGAUAUUAUAUAUAUGGUUCGACAUUAUAUUACAUAGUAGGUGGUGCGUUUUAUUCGCCUGAUUUACAAGGUGAAAGUACUGGACACCUGCAAUUGGAUUCAGGUAGAUAUUAUAUAUAUGGUUCGAUAUUAUAUUACAUGGUAGGUGGUGCGUUUUAUUCGCCUGAAUUUCAAGUGCGGUGAAAAUACCCAAAAUGGAUUCGGGUGGAUAUUGAAGAGUUGCACGAAGCCAUGCAUGCCGGAAAAGAGAAUGUCAGUUCAUUUACACGUACACAUGCAUUUCUUUGUAGGCAUAAUUAGGAGGGGUAAAAUGGGAAUUAAUUUGUUGAAGGUGUAUAGAAAUGACACUUUUCAUGAUUGAAUUUUUAGGGUAAAGUUUACUUACACACAAUUAUAAAAGACUUUAGGUUAAAAAAUAAAAUGUUUUUGUUUUUGUUUUUAUUUUUAAAUGAAUAUUGAGGGAAUAAAUUGAUGAAACUAGUUUCAAGUUAUAUUUUGAUACGGCGACAAUUGAAGGACAUAGGGAAAGAAUAAGUUCAACAAGUAAGCUUCUGAUUUAUAAUCCCUUGUUUUAUUGCGAUUUAAAUUCUGUAUUGAGGAAUGCCGAAUAUUGAGGAUGAUUCUUGUUUAUUGAACAAUAAU